AACUACUUUAAAAUAUCAUUUUAAUAAUUUAGUGAUUAUUUAAGAGACUAUGAUGAUGCUCUUACUACCAUAAGAUUUUCAGAAUCUUUAAUUUCUCUAAUACAUUUUCUCAAAUUUCUCAACCAAAGCCAAACAAAAAUGAGUAGGAAUCCUCACCAUGAGCUCCAUGUUAUGUUCUUCCCAUACAUGGCUUAUGGCCACAUGAUACCAACUCUAGACAUGGCUAAGCUUUUCUCCAGCAAAGGAGUCAAAUCCACAAUCAUCACCACUCCUCUCAACUCCAAGAUCUUCCAAAAACCCAUCGACGUAUUCAAGAACCAGAACCCUAGUCUUGAAAUCAUCGACAUCCACAUAUUCGAUUUCCCUUGCGUGCAGCUGGGGUUACCAGAAGGAUGCGAGAACGUAGAUUUCUUCACCUCAAGCAACAAUCCUGGUAGAGAGAACAUAGCUUUCAAGUUCUUAUCGUCGACAAGGUUUUUCAAAGACCAGCUUGAGAAACUCCUCGAGACAACGAGACCGGACUGUCUUAUCGCCGACAUGUUCUUCCCAUGGGCCACCCAAGUUGCUGAGAAGUGUCACGUGCCAAGACUUGUGUUUCACGGUACUGGCUACUUCUCUUUGUGCGCUAAUUAUUGCAUGAAAGUGCAUAAACCACAGAACAAAGUAGCUUCGAGUAGUGAGCCUUUUGUAAUCCCUGAUCUCCCCGGUGACAUAGAGAUAACUCGAGAACAGAUCAUAGACAACGAAUCCGAGAUGGGAAUGUUUCUUCUUGAUGUAAGAGAGUCAGAAACGAAGAGCUCAGGUGUUAUUGUGAACAGCUUCUACGAGCUUGAACCUGAAUACGCUGAUUUUUUCAAGAGAUUUGUAGCGAAGAGAACGUGGCAAAUCGGCCCGCUCUCCGUUACAAACAGAGGAUUUGAGGAGAAGGCUGAGAGAGGAAAGAAAGCGAGCGUUGAUGAAUCUGAAUGCCUUAAAUGGCUUGACUCCAAGGAAAAAGAUUCAGUCAUUUACAUUUCAUUUGGGAGCGUUGCUUGCUUCAAGAACAAGCAACUGGUAGAGAUCGCCGCAGGGUUAGAAGCUUGCGGCGCAAGUUUCAUCUGGGUUGUGAGGAAAAGCACAAGUGACGACGACAAAGAAGAAUGGUUACCAGAAGGGUUUGAAGAGAGGGUCAAAGGGAGAGGGAUGAUAAUAAGAGGAUGGGCUCCGCAGGUGCUGAUACUUGAGCACCAAGCGACCGGUGGGUUCUUGACUCAUUGCGGCUGGAACUCGCUUCUUGAAGGAGUGGCUGCAGAGCUACCGAUGGUCACAUGGCCUAUUGGAGCGGAGCAGUUCUACAACGAGAAACUGGUUACACAAGUACUGAGAACGGGAGUGAGCGUUGGAGCCACAAAGCAUGUGAAGAAUAUGGGAGAUGAGAUUAUUAGCAGAGAGAAAGUAGAGAAGGCUGUGAGAGAGGUUUUGGCUUGGGAAGAGGGGGAGGAGAGGAGGAUACGGAUAAAGAAACUGGCGGAGAUGGCUAAAGCCGCUGUGGCAGAAGGAGGGUCUUCUUUUAACGAUCUAAACAACUUCAUACAUGAGUUCAGUUCGUGAUCCCUAGAGUUCUGGUCAAACAUCUCAUUUAGAAAAUAAGAUUAAACCUAACGUAGUAUACAAGGAAUAAAAGUUAAUCCAUGCAUUG